AUGGGUUGGCGCCGGUUCCCGCAACCUCCCGUUUCGUCCGACCCCUGUUCUUCUUCCUCUCCCUCGUCAUUUUCUUCCUCCAAAUUCCCCUUGCUCCCUUGCCCCACGCCGACUGGGAUCUCGUCGCUGAGGUCUGAGACCCUUCUCCGCGUCCUCUCCAUCUCCACCGGAGUCCCCCCCGGGCGCCGCCCAUAUCCCCCCGCUGCCGCCGCCGCCGUCUCGGCCCCUAGCCGCAGGAAGCAAGGGGGCGACAGCGGCGCCGGACCCCUCCCGUCGUUGCUCCGCCGUCUCGACUCCUCCGGCGACUCGCCUGGUGGCGGCGGCGGCGUCCGCGAGAUCCUGGACCCCCUCGCCGGCAGGCUCACCCCGAAGGAGCUCACCGUGCUGCUCAAGGAGCAGCGGGACUGGCGGCGGGCUCUGCAGAUCUUCCAGUGGAUGCGGUCGCAGGGGGAGCUCUACCUCCCCAACCCCAUCCACUACAACGUGGUGCUCCGCGCCCUCGGCCGCGCGCAGGAGUGGGACGAGCUCCGCCGCUGCUGGAUCGACAUGGCCCGGGACGGCGUCCUCGCCACCAACACCACCUAUGGCAUCCUCAUCGACGUCUUCGGCAAGGCGGGGCUCGCGAGGGAGGCCCUUCUUUGGCUCCGCCACAUGAGAAGCCGGGGGCUGUUUCCCGACGAGGUGACCAUGAACACCGCCGUGAGGGUCCUCAAGGACUCCCGCGAGUUCGAUCUCGGGGAGAAGGUCUUCGCCGACUGGUGCACCGGGAAGGUGGACGUGGCGGCCCUUGAGGGCCCCCUCCUCGGCGGGGGGCGCCCCGGCGCCGACGACUCGCUCAACCCCCGGCAGUUCUUGCUCUCCGAGAUGCUCCGCUCCGGCGGGAAGAGGGCGGCGCCGCUGGCAGCAGCGGCGGCGGAGGAGGAGCCCCCGGCUCGCCGGAGGCCCCGGCUCGCCGCCACCUUCAACACCCUGAUCGACCUGUACGGGAAGGCGGGCAGGCUGGGUGACGCCUCCGAGGCGUUCGCGGAAAUGCUCCGCUCGGGGGUGACCCCCGACACCACCACCUUCAACACCAUGAUGAACAUCUGCGGAGCUCACGAGCUGCUCCCCGAGGCGGAGGCUCUGCUGGAGAAGAUGGAGGAGAGGGGGAUCCGCCCCGACGCCAAGACCUUCAACAUCUUCAUGUCCCUGCACGCCGCCGCCGGGGACCUCCCGGCGGUCCUCGCGUACUACCGGAGGCUCGUGGGCUGCGGCCUCCGGCGGGACGCGGCUACGCAGAGGAUCCUCCUGGGGGAGCUCUGCGGCAGGAAGAUGGUGCGGGAGGCGGAGGGCGUGAUCGAGGAGCUCCGCGCCGGCGGCGAGCCACUCGACGAGCAGCUGCUGCCUGUCGUCACGAGGAUGUACGUGGAACAAGGGCUGCUCGCGCAGGCAGCGGCGUUCCUCGCCGAGCACUGCGCCGGCAGAACCAUCUCCUCGAAGAACUACGCCGCCGUCGCCGACGUGUUCGCCGAGAGGGGCCUGUGGGCAGAGGCGGAGGCCGUCUUCUCCUCCGCGGAGGGGAGGCGCCGCCGGGAGGCGGCGGAGUACAACGUGAUGAUCAAGGCCUACGGCCGCGCGAAGCUCUACGACCGUGCCUGCGCCCUGUUCGAGAGAAUGCCAGGCCGUGGGGUCUGGCCGGACGAGUGCACCUACAACUCGAUGAUCCAGAUGCUGGCCGCCGGGGACCAGCCGGAGAGGGCGGGGAAGCUCCUGGGCAGGAUGAUGAGGGAGGCCCGGAUGAGCCCGCGGCGGGAGACCUUCUCCGCCGUGGUGGCGAGCUGCGCGAGGGCGGGCAUGUCGGAGCCGGCGGAGGAGAUCUUCGAGGAGAUGCGGCGGUGUGGCGUGCCCCCCAACGAGGUUGUCUACGGCUCGCUGAUCGACGCGCUCGCCGCCGCCGACGACGCCGGCGGGGCCCGCCGCCGCCUCGCCGAGAUGGAGGCCUCGGGGCUGGCGGCAAACCGGAUCGUCCUCACGUCCCUGAUCAAGGCCCACCGUAGAUCGGGGGACUGGAGAGAGGCCCAGCGGGUGUACGCGAGGAUCGGCGGCCUGGAAGGCGGCGCCGACGCGGUAGCGGGCAACUACAUGAUCGGUGUCUACGCCGACCUCGGGAUGGUCACCGAGGCGAGGGCGGUGCUCGCCGACCUGAGCAGCGGCGGCCGCGCCGACGCCGCCUCCUACGCCGCGAUGGUACGCCUGUACAGGAACAUGGGAAUGCUGGACGAGGCGGCCGGCGCUGCCGAGCAGAUGCGGCGAGCGGGGCUGCUCUCCGACGGUGCCUCCUUCGGCACCGCUGUGGCGGCCUUCGCCGGCGCUGGCCGGCUCAGGGACUGCGCCGAGCUACUCCACCAGAUGCAGAACCUCGGGAUCCCCCCCGACCCGGCUACCUUCCGGGCCAUGUUCGCCCUGCUCAGGAAGGCCGGCGUGCCGCCGGAGGCCGUCUCCCAGCUAGAGUCGGCCUUCGCCGACGGGAAGCCCCUAGUCCGGCCGGCGCUAAUGACGCUGGUGCUCUCCGCGGCGGGCCUGCACGGGCUCGCUCUGCGGUCCUGCGAGGAUCUCCUCUUGGCCGGCGGCGGCGCCGCUUUGCCCGGCGGGACCUUCGCCUGCAACGCCGCCAUCGCGGCGUUCGGCGCGGGGGGGGAGACGGGGAAGGCCCUGAACCUGUUCAUGCGGAUGCUGGAUGAAGGUCUGUUGCCGGACGUGGUGACUUACAUAAGCCUCGCGGUCUGCUACGGCGGAGCGGGCUUCGUGGAGGGACUGAACAGGAUCUAUGGCAAGCUCAAGCACGGGGAGAUCGCGCCGAACAGGUCGCUCUUCGAGGCCGUAACGGCAGGGUACCGAGCCGCAGGCCGACCCGAUCUCGCCGAGGUGGUGGAGCAGGAGAUGAGGUUCAGCAUGGCCGCCGGCGACGAGACUAGGAGCGGCCCCGGUGACUCCGCAGCUGAGGAUCUGUAG